AUGCUAGCAAUUGUGGACCAAGAGCUCGACCGAUUACAAAAGCUGAACAUCAUCUCGUCGGUCGAUUACUCGGAGUGGGCCGCUCCGAUCGUCGUCGUCCGCAAGGCUAAUGGCACCAUUAGAAUUUGCGGAGAUUAUUCAACCGACGACCGACUUCAGUCACAUCAAUACCCUCUGCCGGUUCCGCAAGACAUUUUCUCCAAGCUCGCAGGGUGCACCAUUUUCAGUCAAAUUGACUUGACUGAUGCCUUUCUGCAGAUAGAGGUCGACGACAGUUGCAAACACCUUCUCACCAUCAACACCCACCGCGGUUUGUACCAAUAUAACCGUCUUUUGCCGGGAGUAAAAGCAGCGCCAGGGCCCUUCCAACAAUUGAUCGACACGAUGUUGGCUGGUCUCCCCGGAACUUCCGAAUAUUUCGACGACUUAGUUGUGGGUGGCCGGAACGAAAAAGAACAUCAGCAGCAUCUUUUACAAACACUCCAGCGGCUGCAAGAGUUUGGUUUCACCAUCCGUCCGGAAAAAUGUUCUUUUGGGCAGAAGCAAAUCCGUUAUUCGGGUCACAUCCUGGACAGCCAAGGCCUUCAACCAGACCCAGCCAAAAUUGAAGCCAUCAAAAACCUGCCAGCACCCAAGGACAUCUCCGGCGUUCGGUCCUUCUUAGGGGCCAUCAACUUCUACGGGAAAUUUGUGCCGAAUAUGCGGGACCUACGGUAUCCUUUGGAUGAACUCCUCAAAGCAAACAACUCAUUCAACUGGAACAAAUCCUGCCAGCAGUCUUUUACAAAAUUUAAGGAGAUCUUGUCGUCUGAUCUUCUGUUAACCUAUUAUGACCCGCAAAAAAAAUCGUCGUUUCGGCAGAUGCAUCAUCGAUUGGCAUUGGUGCAACCAUUUGCCAUAAGUUUCCCUAUGGAAGGUUAA